GUCUGAAUUCAGGUAUACUCUACUAGUCUGCUAUUAUAUCCGAGAAUGGCGUCAGGCGACGGUGCCGCUAUGCCCCUCUAGUACGAUCUAAAUUUGAUUCCGACGGUCGAUAUAGAUCGGAUGAAACCCGCCCCGAAAGGAGAGAGAAAUGGUGCGUCUUUGUGUUCUCUCCCUCUUUCCAUUUUGUGGUUCCUAAGCAAACAAAUCAUUCAAAAUUCUCACUCCCAUUCCCUUUUCUUUCCUUUCUCUAUAAAUCCCUUCCUUCUUCAACUCUUCUUUCUCACUUAAUCCUUCAUCAAUGGCUUCCAUCUCCUCCUCUCAUGACUCUACCUCAUGGUCUCCCAACCAAAACAAAGCCUUUGAAAGGGCCUUGGCUGUCUUUGACAAGGACACGCCCGAUCGCUGGCUCAAUGUCGCCAAGGCUGUUGGCGACAAGACUGCUGAUGAAGUCAAGAGACAUUUCGAGCUUCUCGUUGAGGAUGUCAAGCACAUUGAAUCUGGCCUUGUUCCAUUCCCUAAUUACACCUCCUCCUCC